GGCGCAGCUUCCACUGUUUACUUCCGCCUGCCCUCGUCUGGCUGCAAAGAAAUGUUGCACGUGGGUGCCCCGCGCGGGGUUCGCCGAAUUAGCAACUGCGAGUGAUCUUCGGGUCAGAGCUUAGAGAGCAAGUAUGUGGGUCCCAGUGGCCGGGCCUUCUCUGCGGCUGACCCUCUCCAUCUUGACCGGCUGUGGUCGCGUCCGCGUUUUGGGAACCGGAGUGGGGACGCGGAAGGACUUAGCGAAGACCCCUCGCAGGGCCUUCUCAGACUCCCUCGCGCAGCCGCUGCCCUGCCCUGAGACCGUGGAAUCGCCUUCGUGCGUGCCGAAGUAUCGCUUAGACCACAAGCGUUACGUAACUAGCCCGGGAUUGGCUGAGACCUUGGCGCUGCUCCUGCAGCGAAAACGAGGACCUCCCUCGCUAAUACUGGAGUGCAAUCCAGGUCCUGGAAUCCUGACCCAAGCAUUACUUAAAACUGGUGCCAGAGUGGUUGCCCUUGAAAGUGAAAGGACCUUCAUUCCACAUUUGGAGAGAUUAGAACAGAGUAGGCAUUCAGUGCUUGCUGAAUGGAGGACUAAAACAUUGAAGGUUCUGAUGCUUGCUUGUAGUUCUAGCUCUGUUACAUACCUAGUCGGUUUAUUUUCUCUUCUCCAGGAAUUACCAGAACUAGGACAGCAAAAGCUGUAUUUUAUUCGAAUGACUCCUCGCCGAAAUUUAUUUACAGAAAACUUAACACCUGUUAACUACAAUGUAUUUUUUUACAUGUUAAAGCACUGUUUUGGGAAGCGCAAUGCCAAGAUAGCAGACCAUUUACCUUCAAUAAGUCCUGUUGAUGCAGUGGAUAUAUUAAUGCAAAUCAGAAAACAUAAAAAUGUAAAAACAAUUAACAUGUACCCUGAGGACUUCAAACAUCUUUUCGAAACAAUAGAGUGUUCCAAAGAUUAUACCUAUAAAUGGCUGUGUGAAGACAUCGUGGAAGAGAUAGCCCUUUAGGGGAGCUAGACUACCAAGAAGUUAGAUGCAAAAGCUUAUUUGUUAGAUAUUAUGUCACAAAUGAAAAAGAAGUGAGUAUGGAAAGCCCAUUUCUUUCAACAGAAGAGAACUGAUUUGCAAAAACCAGACAGGUCCUUUCUUGUCGAGUUCAUACCGCUGGCUUAUUGGAUAAAACAAGUUUUCCAAUUAUUUUAUUCAUAGCCGACCAAAAAAAAUGACCAAUUGUCAAUUUGAUGAAAUUGAAUUUUCUUUCAUUGUUUUAAAUUAUCUACUAAGAACAUAAGACUCUACCAGAUAACAUUUAAUUCAGCAUUAGACCCUUUUGGUUAAACAUCUUACAUUAACUUAAAUAUUUUACUUUCGCUGUUGUUUAUUUUUUGCAGCAAAAGAUUUUGUACAUUAUUACACUUAGAAAAUUGAUUAAACUGAUUGAAGUGAUUUAUUUUA